AAAAAAGCAGAGAUGGGAGGUCCUAAGAUAAAGUAUACCUUUCUAUUUCUAUGUAUCACUUUUGCUACUAUAAUACCGAGCCUUAUGGCUCAUAUUGGUCACUACGACGAGGUGUGGAGGAGGAGAGCAGAAGAAGCAAAGGAGUAUGCCCGUCAAAUUUACGAGCGACAUCCUGAAAAUGUCACACUUGCAUUUAACCAAAAACUUCGCAACACGAUGAAGGAAUUAAAGGAAGUGAAAGGUACCAAUAGCACAAGGAGGGGGCUAGGGACAAAAAAGUACUGUGGACCUUGCAUAGUCACAAAUCCAAUUGAUAGGUGUUGGAGAUGUGACCCUAAUUGGGCAGACAAUAGGAAAAGAUUAGCAGAUUGUGCAAUGGGAUUUGGAUCUAAGGUCACGGGUGGCAAAAAUGGUGAAUUCUAUGUCGUCACAGAUAAUUCUGAUGAUUAUAACGAUCCAAAACCCGGAACUCUUCGUUACGCUGUUAUCCAAAAGGAGCCAUUGUGGAUCAUAUUUAAAAGGGGUAUGAACAUUAGGUUGCACCAGGAGAUGAUCAUGCAGAGUGACAAGACGAUAGAUGCUCGUGGUGUUAAUGUUCACAUUACUAAAGGCGCUGGUAUAACCCUCCAGUACAUCAAGAAUGUGAUCAUCCACGGACUUCACAUUCAUGACAUUGUUGAGGGAAAUGGUGGAAUGGUUCGGGAUGCUGUUGACCAUAUUGGGAUACGUACAAAGAGUGAUGGAGAUGGUAUUUCAAUCUUCGGUGCAUCCAAUAUAUGGAUUGAUCAUGUGUCUAUGCAACGUUGUUAUGAUGGUUUGAUCGAUGCUGUAGAAGGAUCAACAGGUAUCACUAUAUCAAAUGGACAUUUCACCGAUCACAAUGAGGUUAUGUUGUUUGGUGCAAGUGAUAGUUCUUCGAUUGAUCAAGUUAUGCAAAUCACAUUAGCUUUUAAUCAUUUUGGGAAGAGAUUGGUACAAAGAAUGCCAAGAUGUCGAUGGGGAUAUAUACAUGUUGUUAACAAUGACUAUACUCAUUGGAAUAUGUAUGCCAUUGGUGGUAGCAUGCAUCCCACUAUCAUUACACAGGGUAAUCGUUUUAUCGCGCCUCCAGACAUCUUCAAGAAGCAGGUAACAAAGAGGGAGUAUAAUCCAGAAUCAGUGUGGAUGCAAUGGACAUGGAGAUCAGAGGGAAAUCUAUUCAUGAAUGGUGCAUACUUCACUGAAUCAGGAGAUCCAGAUUGGUCCAAGAAACACAAAGAUCUUUAUGAUGGAAUAUCAGCUGCCCCCGCAGAAGAUGUCACUUGGAUGACUAGAUUUGCAGGUGUACUUGCCUGCAAACCAGGAAAACCUUGUUAGAUCACUAAUUAAUUU